UGUGCUAAUUCCUGAGAAUACUUAAUGCUUUUCCCUGUGCAUUAUUUUUAUUGUUUAAUGUCUAAAUACCAGGAAUUACCCCAUAAAUCUGACAUGGAAUUAAAUAAUACCAUCCCGGACAAUGUUCUGGAACGGCUAUCUGAUGCAGAGAAGCUAGUGGUGGAGUUGAAGGAGAUCAUUCAGCAGAAGGACCUUCAACUCCUGCAGCAGGAUGAAGUUCUGCAGGAGGAACGAAAAGCUGCUGAUACCAAAAAUUAAAAAACUGAA